UGGAGCAGUUGGUCUUCAUGGCCAAACUGUAACAAGCCAUGCAAUGGAGGAUCCAAGUCAAGAAAACGACUUUGUGACAAUCCCAGACCAGCUAAUGGUGGGAGAGACUGUGAAGGUCCAGCGACAGAGAGCCAGUCAUGCAACCCUAAUCCUUGUCCAGGUCUGUUAAGUUCAAUUCUACGUUGUUAUCGAAUAUCUUAGGAACAGCAAAUCGCACAUUAAUCAAACACCCACUUUUGACUUGGGAGUGUCCGCUUAACCGUGUUUUGGUUUCACUGGGAGGGGACAGGGGGUGAUGGAGAGCGUUUGGAGGCCCGUCCCCUUAACCCUAAAACUGCUUAUAUAUGGCCACUGAAUUUACACUGAAAAGUUUAAACAUCUGUUUUAAUAAAGAUUUAAUUUUAUGAACUGAGUUGACAAGGAAGAUUUCCUACCAUAGAGGUAUUGAGAAGCUGACAUUUUAAGCGCUAUCCCUACUGCUUCGUCAGAGCCAAUCAGAAGAUUAUCGUUGUGCGUAGGUUAUAUGCCGGAUGCUGGAGCUAGCUAUGUUAUUGUUAGGAACGUGUUAAAGUGAAAAAAAAAGGGUUAUUUUAUUUAGUUACCUGAAAAUCGUUCGUUACAUGUGAAUCCAGAGUACCGAUUUGAAAGUUUUUUUUGCAAGUUUGUUCUACAAUUAAGAUUUAAGUGGAUUUCUAUACUACCUUUGUGGUAAGGAAAAGAAAUAUCACAGAUUGCUGCGUUUUGUCUGGAAAGCUGGAAUAUUUUACGAGAUUGAGUGUCGAGCUGGUUGUAUACUGAUUGUUCAUCUUUUUAUAGUGCGGCGUAUGGUAAGGGAUCGGAGUCGAGAUAGCCACUUUAAAAAAGGCACAUUUCCCCUGACUUCUUGGGAAUAUUUAGGUCGUCCCCGGUUCGUUAAAGUCUAAGAAAUUAAAUUCAUAGGAAAUACAGUUUUUGAAUUGCGAUGGAUGACUGCUCCAGACUUUCAGAUAGUUGAGACUGUGGCUCGAAAUGGAGGGCGAGGAAAAAAGGUCGGAAGUGUUUUUUUAAUUUCCUGUUCACUUUUCUUUGCUCCACUCUCCAUUAUCUAAAUGCGCAUGCCUGGAACAGGCUAUGUGAUGAAUUACUGAGACAGAGAUGAAUAAAACAGGUAACAGGGGACAAGCGCGCCGUUUGUUUCAAAAUUACCUUUUUUCAGUUGUUAUACAUUGUAGCCUUUCUUUGUUCUGCAUAUGGAUACAAACGCUUAAAAACAGAAAAAAGGGCUCCCUGAUCUUUCGAUGAUUGGUUUAUAGUCCACACUCGCACAUAAGCCGUCAAGGCUGUUAGAAGGUUUAAUGACAAAUAGAAAAACCAGUUAUGUUUCAAACAUCUCUAAGGUUGAUUAAUCUUUAAUGCCGGGUGGAAAGAAUUGACCGAAUUAUAAUUUUCAAAGUCUUGUUUAACUAAAUUAAAAAAACAAAAAAAAAAACUUGGUGUAAUUAAAUAGUCAGAGUGACACAAUGACGCAACGUGACGCCAUCAUGACAUCACUUGAUUAGAUGUCUUGGCUUAUAGCCCAUAUUCAGCUGUUACAAAGUGAAUACGCUAACUGGCAUGGUGAAAUGAAAACGAUUAAAAAUGUGAAGGAUAUAUUUUUGCCUUAGUGUCAUUUCCUGCGGAGUCCGGCGUUUUCAAUUAAUUCAACGCACUUAAUUUGCUUAACAAAAGUUGUGAAUUGAGAUAAUUGUAAUCGAAACUUUGAUUUGUGUUUGUUUUAAGAGCAAAUUAAAAUUAAUGAUUGAUUCGAGUCAAUUUAUAACAUAUAUGGAGAGUAAAGUUUUGGGACUCCAGCGCUGGUGUUCGCUUCACAUUGAUGUUCCUAAAACUGUGUUUUCAGAUGUUGAUAACAAGUGUUGGUCAGCAGCGUAAUUUUUUCUUUUAUAAACACAUUUGCACAUUUGCACAUUUUCAAGUUGUCUGGGGUUGUGGAGGAGACAGGUGGUCAAGCUUCCCAGCACACAGUAACCAGGCGUGCAUUUCUCAAAACUACCGAGGAGUUUUCGGACCCAUAGUGUUUCUUCUUCUCAUCAACUUUUUUUAACGAUCUUUGUGUAGAGUAGGCCAACAUACUUCUUUCUACUUGUUGAAAUUUGUUUAAUGUGUCCUUUCCCUCCUGUUUGUUGCAUACGAAGAACUUUCAAGAAUAAAAUUUUUUUGAUUUGCUGCUAGCAUAGGCCUGGCUUUUUUCCUUGGUAUUCAGAGGGCGGAAUACCAGGGAAAAGAGGCCUCUGCUAGUAGGUCCUUAAAACUUAGUGUGAAUGUCUCGUUUAUACUCUGUGGAGUAAAAUCAUUGCCUUUUUACACUAACAAAGAGGUCUUUUAUUUUCAGCUGAUAAUAUAAACUGCAAGAUAAGGUUUCCAACGAAAGAAUGGAAAGAAACAAUGGCCAAUCACAGCAGCAAAAGCUACGUAGAAUGUGCCAAUGAGACUGAAGGAAUGGUAAAUGCUGCAACCAUAAAUUUGUUUGUUACAGAAAAUGACUCCACUGCAAACCUUUUUACCGAUAGCUAGAACAUAUUAAUGUGCCUUUAAAACCAUCACAUUCUUUUCUUUCUCUUUCUAUUAAGUGGGAAACAUCCCCCCUUUUCACGGCAUCGAGAGGCCAUGUUUGUUUUCAAAGUCAAGUUUUUAACCUCCUCCCUUUCCCCGACGGGAAUGACUGGACCGGAAAUGCUAUUAUAUGACACUGCUGCUAACGAUAAUCACUUUUUGAACUUUGAUCCUAUUCAGACAGGGUGAUGGUUUCAGAUCCUUCUUUGAUAGUAAAUGACGUCAUCAUGAAAUCAUUGCUAAUGUUAAAGAUUAUUUACGUGUUAGCCAACUUUUUGAUUUUGUCAGACGCCUUACUAUUUACUAGGCAUUUUUCGCUUUGAGGGAAAAAUUUCAUGGAAUUCGUCUUCUGUCUAAGAUCAACAAUGAUGGUCAUAAUGACGUCAAAAUACCUUAAUCGUGUCAAUUACAUUACCCUAUGUGUAAUUUUGGCGGCCAUAUCAAGAGCGGUUUGGAAGUUAUAGAGCCGCCAGUAGUAGGAAGCAAAAAAGGAAGCCCGUUCUGAAAAGGGAGUUUUUCUCUUUUUUGUCAGCUAAGAGAGUUUUACCACUCAAAAGGUGAAAACGUCAUGGAUGUAAAAGUAUUGAAUCUGAGGUAAAUAUUUAUAAAGAUACCCUCCACAUGAAUGGAAUUUAAAACAAAAUGGUUAUUCCUUUCUCUGCGAUUUCUAACGUCUUCUUAGCUACGCGUUCCCUGCUAGGGAUUUUUAGGCUUUUAUGCUGUAUCCACGUUUAUUUUCAAAACAGUGCUUUUUCCCUUCAAAAUUGGUCACAAAAAAAAGAAAGAAAAUUGAGCUCUUACCUAGCAUUUACGCAACCGACCGAGGUGGAAAUCUUGUGCAUAAAUUUAAAACUAUAAAAUUUGGAAAAACUGCACAACCUAGAAUCACAGCCCAUAUUUUCAGAAUAUUCCCAAAUGAAAUGGAGCAAACCAUUUGAUGUUCCAACCUAAAUAACCCCUUGACUGAGUCUCUUCUAAACUGACUCCGUCUCUAAGGCUUUAAAGUUUUCCCACUUUCCCACUUUAGCAUUCUCUAACCCGACCUUUUGAGAUUUUACUGUUUGAUCUCUGGUUAGUCAUUUACAUUCGUAUUCUGCUGUGUAUGCACGGACGAAAACCCGCUUUCAAGAAAAAAAAAAUAAAACCGACAAACAAAUAAACAAAUAAAAAUGAUAAGUUAACAAAAGGGUGACGCCACUCUAAAGAAAGGGGUUAUUAUUUUCAUAAUCCCUUAAGAGUCUAUAAGUUGCCUCAUAAUUGUGAAAUGACAGCAUCCAGUUUCAUUUACUACCAAGGAUUUUGAAGAAGAGAAAAGUUAAAAGAGGGAAGACUUGACACUCAGGCUGAUUUAAAUCCUGUCAGGAAGCCAAGCUUUUUUAAUUAAUUAAUUCACGUUUGUAACACUAAGUCUCAUAGUUAUAUUUUUUAUUACUUGAAUUCAGCGAAGGAAGCAUAAUCGCCAGUAUAAACGUGAGUUUUCUUGCUGUAGAUGCACUACAGAUUAUCUCAUUACAAGAAGAGCUGGCUGGAGGAACACUGGGCACUACUCCAGCAGAAUUACUCAACCUUUCUAGCAGUUAUGGUGAGGAUACUGCGAAAUGGGUUGUGGUUCGUUCGCCCAUUGCACACUAGCCAGAUAACCGACGAAAUGAGUUCUCUGGCGUUCCUUUUGACAGCUUUCAGGCAUUUUCAAUUUCUGCCUAACCAUGUGACCUUGCCAUUUCGUUGCUUAUUCUAACAAAUAUGCUAAAUCACUAGGAGAAAGGCACAAGAUAAAUCUAAUACUUAGGAGUUAAUGUCGUUGAAAGAUAGUUACCAGGUAGCGAUUUCUUCUGAUUCUGUUUGUCUUGGGUUGAAAAGUUGCUCUAAAAUACUUAAGUACAUCAAUUGUGCGUAAUUUAAGCUACUGAGUAGUAAUCUCAUUUAAUUUGGUAUGAUAAUCGCGCCGUACAAGGCGGAUUUAAUUGUUGGGCAAACUCUAAAAGAGUGAACUGAGUAAAGAAAAUAAUAAAUUAAGAUAAUAGUUAGUUGAUUAGAGUUGCAGUUAAUAUGAAUGACUUUUCUCCUUAUUUCUAUCAACAGUACCAGGCGAGCCACCUGUAAUAUUGCAAGCAAUAAGCAACACUUCCACAUCUAUAGAACUGAAAUGGACAGAGGUUACUGAGCUCUAUUCGAUGCCACUUUUAGGCUAUGUUAUAGUGUACAAGAAAAGCAACGAAAAUUUUCGAGUAGAAUCUAUGAAAUCAGUAUCACCAACGCCACGUGAAGCAGUUUUAGAGGAUCUAGAGAAGUUUACAGAUUACAUAGUACGCAUUUAUGCUUUCACCAGCAAUGGUAAUGGAAUACCGAGUCAAGCUGUCGCAUUAAGAACGCAGGAAGAUGGUAAGCUGUAGGCUGGUUUACCGGGAUAAGAACCUUUUUUAAAAGGCAUGUGUUAUUAACAAAUAAGGAUGAGCUAAGGAGUAGAGGGAAAUAACGGAAGAGGAAAAUUCGCCCGGAGAUGCCUCAAAAUAUCACUCUUUACUAUGAAAAUUUUUCGUUUUUUGUUGUCUGUUGAGACCAAAAUGGCAAUUAUAGCGUGAGUUCGAAGGCAGGGCUCUGAGUAGUCCCUAAAGAAGAGACUUCAUCCAUGUGCAUUCUCCUCCCCAGAGCUUCCUGAGAACCUUUUAGCCGCUUGGCCUGAGUACGAGUACCAGAAGUGCUCAGGCCCCGCCAGCGUAGAGGGACAGGAGGUUCUGAGGCAGACAAUGAUUCGUGUGCGGUGGCAGGAGAAUAGUACGGCAGCUCAUCGAAGGGGAACAAAUAAGGCAAUUAAAAAGAAAAGGGCUAGUUCUUCCUGCUCCCUUUUUACUUCCAUGACUUUCUCCUAUGCGUUUCGCCUCUAAAGAUGAAUGGGGUAGGUCCCUAAAAAGUAUUCUAUCUAGAAAGGGAAAUUUUAGCUUUAGUGACCAAACAGUCUUUGCGAGAACUUAAAUUUGAUCAUCAGGAGUGAGAGACAGUGGAGAAACGUUCCAAAAUUUAAAACGCAGUAGCAGAAGUAUUAUGUAUUAUUAAUGCCUAUGCAUUUUAGUACAUGUCCCAUGCAAAUGUACUUUCAACGCUAAAACAGGAAUUUCGGUGCUUUCUUUCUUCCUUUCCCUUUUCUGUAGCCCCUUUGUAGACCCAUAAAACUGAGACAUUUUUCUUUUGUCACUAGUUCCCAGUCAAACACAACCGAACAUCAUUGUCCAGGCCACAAGUUCCACCACGAUUGAUGUUUCUUGGCAACCAAUUGAUCAAGCUUAUGUACACGGAAUACUCCUGGGGUAUGAGGUCAGGUUUGCUAAAGAUGAUGGGUCACCGCCGUUCUGGGAAUCAAGACACGUCCAUCCAAAUGUCCGUAAAAUAAUUUUAAGCGAUCUUUGGUACUACUCAAAGUACAAGAUAGUGGUUUGUGCGAAGACAUCUAAAGGUUGUGGAAAAGAAUAUCACGCCAUAUCUUACACUUGGGAUGAUGGUAAGUUGUCCGAAUCAUUUUAUUCGUCUUUCUGUUCGUACCACGAAAAUCUUGCUUCCAAACCUUACAGCGAUUGUACCAAGUAGUUCAAUUUGCUAAAUGUAGGCAAACAUCGAAAAGCGCCUAAUUCAUAGCUUCUGUAUUCCAGUUCACAAAAGAGAAAGGCAAAUUCUUGGUCGCGUGUUAACGUCUAAUAGAAAACGUCCCGGUGAUGACAAUUCACGCCGUAUUCGCGCAAUGUCGGCAAAGAGGUGUACCAAAAGUGCGCUGUACGUUCACAGUUGGUUUUGGCUUGUUUAAACCUAUCACCUUUGUGAAAAUCUCUUCUCUAUCGUUGUCGCUUUUGCUUAGGCUCCCAAUUAACGCUUUUUGAGAAUACAAUCAGUCAACGUUGUCUUCCUUCUUUUUAAGUCCCCACCAGACCACCGCAGAAUGUCUUAGCGCAAAACCUAACAUCCGAAAAAUCGAUUAAUGUUAACUGGAGUCCAGUCCUUAGUGGCCAUGUCAACGGCCCUCUUCUUGGUUAUUCUCUUAAAUAUCAAAGAAUCAGGACGGCUGAGAGAUUAUUGGAAGAUACAGAGGAAUAUACAUUGACUUUUAAGCCAGAGGAGCUUUCCACUGUCCUACAAGUUAAAACGUAUUCUACCUACCGAAUCCGAGUGGCUGCCUUUACACCAAAAGGACUGGGACCUUACAGUGAAGACGUACUAGCUGGUGAGAGUGUAGAAGUUAUUACUUUGAUGUAUAUUAAGACGUUUGUUGUAAAGAUGAAAGCACUGUAACUGUAGAGUUUCUCAUUUAUCAGCCACUCUACUAAAGAAAUCCCAGUUUAAAAGCAUUCGUGAUAGAUUUGUCUUUUAAUUUGAGUCUUAAUAUUCACGGUUAUCUUAUAUGUUUGUGUUUUAUCUUAUUGCAACUUAUGAUUAAUCUUGAAACAGCAUAUUUUGGACCUAAGGAAAGGCAUUUUACUAAAUAUAAAAGCAUUUUAGUACAACUUUUUAACAGCCAAAUAAAAGUAGAAGCCGUGGAAAAUUUUAAAGCAUCGGGUUGCUAAGUAUAAAGUAUGACUCAUUACGGAGUUUCUUUAUCCCCUUUUCUCUAUUAAAAAUAAGAAUAGAAUUCAUUGUCAGUGAAAUGCCCAAUAUCUUUUUAAUCACACUGCCUCUAUAUUUUUCUUUCUUUUUGCUUCCCAUUAAAAGAAACCUGCCGUUGUCCAAAAAUACUCUACACAAACUUCUGGGCAACAACACCAUACCUUACGUUUAACAAAAAAGAUAACAAACUCGAGGGAAUAUUUAGCGGGAUUAUCACUGAAAUGGUUCACACUGCUUGCGGAAUUUGUCCCGCGCACGGCGACACCAUAAUCGAGAUCUCUAACAACGGGAAGAAUGGACUUUCUGCUAAGGAAGAUGUGUUAGAAGUCCUUAAAGACAUCGAUGAUGUCCCAGAAAUAAGUUUUCCAAUAUACGGCAACAAAUACAUCACCAAAUACUUGGGUGACUACGCUUACAUCAACAUUGUGGAAUCACCCGGGGUAGCAUUCCUUGCUGCUAGUAGGCCCCCCGGUGGAAAAGCUAUGAACAUGAUAAUGGCAAUACUGCAAACGGUGCCUUUGAUUGUGUUGUCAGCAUGCAUGGGCUUCAUGUCUGGAUUUAUUGUAUGGUUUUUGGUAAGUCCUGAAAAAUCAGUUGCUAUGGUGAAGAGAGCCUUCGUCAUUUAUUGCAUGAGGAGAUUUAUUUCAGGCUGUUAAGAGUCAAAACUGUCCUGAGCAAUCAGAGGGUUAUCUAAUUAGAAAGACCAAAAUAGAAAUGAACGCAACAAUGAAGCACCCUCUCUUCAGGAAGGAAGACCUUCCAAAAUGAAGGUGCGAGCGACUGAAGCUUACCCCCUCCCCACAGAACUUGGGGAAAAUAAUUAGAAUCUCAUUACUUUACACAGGAAUAUAUUACCGCCGAUAAUGUCUUGGCCUUUUGCCUUGAUCUCGUUAAUGAAAUGGUUUUGAAAUCUUGUAAUCUUUCACCUGCUCUAUCAUGUGAUUCAACAUGUUUUACAGGUUGUUUAGCCAUUUUAAGAUCGAUAGACGUCUUGCUUUUUGAAAACAAAAAUCACCUGAUGUGACUCAGCAUCAAUGUACCGUAACGGAAUAAUGGAAGCUCUAUUCCCAGUUCCUUCCAAAAUGUAUUGCAGAUAAUCUCUAAAAUUGUCCCAUUUCCGUUUCACUGAUUCUUGGCGGGCAAUUCAUGAAUACUAAAGAGGGCAAAAAAAAAAAAAAAAAAACUGCCAUAAGUUGUAAAAACAUUUGAGACACUGUCCCUGAUUAGGCUUACAUGUUCUGCCCAUGAUCGUGUGCUUUGGAUUCCCCUUCCUUCCCUUGUCAAAGUUGCUAGCAGGAGAGAGAGAUGCGAAAGGCCCCUUUUCGUUGGGAUGUGCCAACAAAUAUUAUACUGAUUGUAGCUCUUACUAACCCUAAAUUCAGUUAUUUGGCUUCUCCUCAUUUUCUUAAUUCCCUCGCCAAAACCUCCAACACCACCACCACCACCACCAUUUCAAGUGUUUUUCCUCCACCGCCCUACCUCAUUUCUGUAGUCUGUCACCACCAUUACAACCACCACCACAACCAUCACCAAAUCUUUUAAUUUCCUCCAGCGCCACCACCACAAGGGGAGGAAAACGGAUAACAGCAAUGAAUGAAGGCAGAAGGAGGAAUUCUUUCAGUUCAUUUUUUUUCCAUUAAACAUAUAACAUAAAAAUCAUCUUGACAUAGCCCUUUUUAAGACUAGAGAACAAAACUCGUCUCAAGAUAUUGUCUGCAUUGUGCUCUUUGAUGCUUGCAUUUAUUUUAACCGCAGGACUCAAAAUUUAACCCUAAAGAAUUUCCGCCCAGUUUCUUGAAAGGAGUUGGCGAAGGUUUCUGGUGGUCUUACAUUUCCAUGACGACUGUAGGGUAGGUAUCAACAAUUCCAUUGUUGUACACCUCAGAUGUUCGUCCGAUAGUGAGCGUUCUCAUUGGUUGCUAUAAGACAAACGUCUUCGAGCAGGUGGAUAAUAUUAAGUAAUCUUGCACGUUAGAGGGUAACAGUGCACUGAUUCUGGUACUCAAGAAUGUUGAUUGUUACUGUUGGAUCACGAAGGUUCUUUGAUGGAUAUAAAUAAUUGACGCGGUGAGGCCAUUGCGCCCCUCCAAGGGAUCAUUAAGGCUAAAUUUACGUAUCUUUUUCAUUUCUUUUAAUUUCUUGACUAAGCUUGCCAGAUAGACUACGAUUGUUGAUGAGGUAAUUCUAAGUUUUUGUUUGUUGCAAAAUGUGACAUCAACAACAUUGGUGAAAUAUUUUUUUCAAUUUCAAAGUGAAACUUAUAUCAUGUAAAAGACAUUUAGAAUGGGAGUAAAAUGUCGAAAGCUCUUUCUCGUUACGGUACGUUAAUUCUAGUUAUGCACCGUAAUUUUUAGGGAGUUAUUAUAACUCCAAAAAUGGAGUAAAAAUUUUAGGUACAGGAUAACCCCUUUUUUGGGGUUAUUUUAACUCCUAAUUUAACUCCUAAUUUAACUCCGAAUUUGGGGUCAUUUUUACUCCUGAAAAAGAGUUCUUUUUACUCCUAGUCUGGAGUUAAAAUUACUCCGAAAUGGGGUUACUUGUACUCCUUACAUGGGUUGUUUUUACUCUUUUUGGAGUUAAUUUAACUCUGAAAGUGGAGUAAAAAUUUUAGGUACAGGAUAACUCCUUUUUUGGGGUUAUUUUAACUCCUCAAUAUCUGGGGUCCCUUUUACUCCUGAAAAAGAAUUCUUUUAAACUCCUUUUUGGAGUUAAAGUAACUCCACGAAAAAUAACUCCACUGUAAGGAGUUAAAUUAGCCCCACUAGAGGAGUUAUUAUAACUCCCUGAAAAUUACAGUGUGGGACUUCAAAGACAUUUAAAAGGAGCCCCCGGGAAAAAAAAAAAUUUCCCUUUGAUUUAUUUUUUAUUUUAUUUCAUUUUAUUUUUGCAAAAUAAGACGAUUUUCCGGGAAAAUAAACCUUUUAUAGUUUCCAAAAAUUUUAUCAUUUUAAGUUUUCGUUUCUUGACUUACAAACGCUUGUUUAAGCAAACCAAAAAAUGAUCACGUGACAUUUUAUGACGUCAGAAGACGGUUUUCUUGCGGUUUUUGCGCAGUUACGAAUUUCCUUUUUCAAAUUUUCUUUUUUCUUUAGCUUUCGACAAUAAAGAUCUGUUACGCUUAAAAUCAGAAUUAUUUUACAAGCGAGCACCCCGUUUUUGAGGUACGAAUUUAUUAAAAUUGAAAAUUUCAUAUGUCAGCUUAUAUUUGAGAUAUGAAAAAAAAAAUUAAGCUUUUUUAUUCCCUUGAAUAAAAAAAAAAAUUGGAAAAUUCAAAAGUCUAAAAAAUUGCGCAUGAAUGACGUCAAAAAAUGUGACGUCAUAAUUUGACAUUUUGGAGUCAAAAUAAAUGCCAAUUUAUUUGGCUCAAUAUUCUAUAUUUUCAGUCCAAGUUUGGCGUAGAAAGAGUGGAAGCCAACAAAGCUAUUUUAAAUAAACCAAAUUUACCACGCCCUGAUGAUUCCCUUGGGCCGGAUGGUUUGCCCCUGCUGUGUUACUGGUCCCAACAGAAAACCCAAAAACAAAUAAAUGCACAUGCAAAAAAUUGAAACUAAAGCCGAAGUGGUUUUGUUUUCUUGCGAGUUUAUUCCCUUUAAACAAAUUUGUAUGUGCUAUGACAAGUAUAAUGGAAUAGGUGAUACAUUAUUUGGGGCUUGUUUUGGCGGCAAAAGGAGUAAGUAUCACCAAAAACACACAAUGAAAUACCCUAAAAAAACAAACAAACAAACAAACAAGAUAAACAACUACGAUAGCAAUAACGAAGCAAAACAACGCAACAUGAAUACACACAUCUUUACAUGGAAAUAAAUAAAUAAAUAAAUAUACUUAGUGUUUAGUGUGAAGUGCCAUAUUUACUCAUAUUUGUUGAUAGGUAUGGUGAUCGAGCGCCCAAGUCUAUUAUCGGGCGCAUUUUUGGUAUAAUGUGGACAUUAACCGGCCUUGUUAUUAUCUCCAUUCUAAUUGGUGCAAUUGCUUCGUCACUCACAAGUGUUACUGUUGAAAGGAACGUUAUUCUGUAUGGUACACAGGUAAAUCUAUAUGAAAAUAAACAAAAGAGUAAAUAGAUAAAGAUUAAUAAUAUGAAGUACAACAGCGUAUCGAGUGGCCCUUCGUCUGAGGUGAUUCGGAAAUGUUGGUUCACUAGGACGGAGGAGAACAUCUUGGAGCAAGGAGAAUGAGCAACAUCAGUCAUCUCAUCAAACUAAACCCUUUGGCGACCGCUUGCGAAUAGGGAAAACCAACUUUUUAAACUAAAACCUCCUUUUUGGAGCAUGGCCUUAUGCCAAGAUUGUGUCAUAUGCCCAUUUUCGAAUCUAUUUCGAACUUUCUUUCCCGAUCUCUAUUUUACUUGCCUUUUUUACAGGCAGUUUUGUCGCCCACUUUAUUUCAUUUUUCUCAUGGAAUUGUGGCUGGCUGACUUUCCAGGAAAGAAACCAGUUUAAUUUGCAGCGAGUAGUAAGUCAAUAGCAAAAUUGGCAGUGGAUUUUUCCCCGAAAUGUUACUAUGGAUUUUUUGUAUCUAACCCCGUCAGGAUUAUCUAGUAUUUCCAAAAUGAGUUACCUGUGGACAGAUAUAUCGUUGCUUUAUUAAUAUCUUAAACUGAAAGCUAAACGGGUCCAGGAAGGCUUUAAUGAUUAUAUGCAUCGUUCCACAUGGUACGAAACUGACCAAGGCCGUCGUCGAAGGUUUAACAGGGUAGCCUGAAAUUCAUCUGAUUGCUUCGAGUCGUUUUCUCCUCUCAACAACGUCUGAAUCGACCCGCCGUUAAUGCCGUCCAGUGACGUCACUCACUACCCGAAAACCGGGUAGUGAUUUUGAUUGGUUGAUUGUCUAAACAUUCGCAUGAUUAUGUAUAAUUAUGAAAAAUUUUAGCGGGAUUGUCAUUUGAUAUUCAGCGGAUCGCAUCCCUGGCAUUCUUUCGGUUAGUUCAAACAUUUCUAUGAGCUUAAUCUUUAUCUUAAACAGCAAAAUUGCCCUUGUCUUCGAAACUGAAAUGUUAAAUUGAACUGCGAAUGAAGAAUCAUCGCGGAGAGUCGGUAGGUGAGUUUUCAUUCAGAGCCACUUUGUGGUUUGGGCGGCCGGUGAUUUUGUUUACGCGAAGUUUUCUGAAUUUUAAUUCGACCUUCUUGCUAUUUCACCGUCAAGUGUGAUGAUUCUGUUAGCUUUUCUUUCUUUUCUCCUUGUUUUUUUCUUCGUUAAGGACCAAAUAGCUUCUUUUCAAUUAAAGCAAAUCAUUUUGUUUUUGAACUAAGUGUUCCGUGUGUGUUUUUAUCAUGUUUUAUUUCAUUGCGUGAUUGCCUGACCGAAUUUGAUUAUAGAAUUUAGUACAAACGGUUCAGAGUUGUACCGCAUGCAGUUGAUUGUUUGAACGUUAAACAUGAACUACAAUCGAAAAAAAAUAAAGCAGUUCUGUAUCUUGCAGACAUUUCCAAACGAUAUUUCUCGGUUUGCCACUUGAAAAUCGUGUUUUACUUUUUGCAUGAAUUAAAGCAAAGGUCAAGGAGUAGUGACGUCACUGGACGGCAUUAACGGCCGGUCGAUUCCGACGUUACUGAGACAGUAAUAACGACUCGAAGUAAUCGGAUGAAAUUCAGGCUAUUAACAGGGCUGAGAAGAUCGAUUGCUCUUCCUUGCAUUGCCCUUUCUCACCUAUUUAACUAUCCCUAGGUCCUUUCUAGCACCAUCCGCACCAUUUUAGCACAAGUGAUACUAUAUGCAUAAGAAACGCUGGAAUACAAACACAACCAAAGACGUUAAAAUUUUCUCAGGUGACAAAAAACUAGCAUAUACAGAUUUUUUGUCUACAACAACAACAACAACAAUGUAUUUAUUUAAAGAAAUAUAAAGUUUACAAUACUUCAUGUCCUGCAAAUAGCUAUAAUGCUAAUCUAGGCAGGACAAGAUUUUAACUAAAGGCGUUAUUAAAUUACAUAAGAAAAAAAGAAAAGAAGAAAUACAAAAACAUACAGAAAGAAACACCUUACAUAUAAAUUCAAGUACAAGGGAUUUUGUUAUUUGAAAAAGACUAAAAUUACAACUGGAGGUAUAUACAACAUAUCAGGUUAACUUCACAAAAUAUUCUAUUAAAUAAUUAACAUUCAAAUAAUUAUCCUCAUUACCUAGAACAUUAAGGAGUAGUGAUUUAAUUUUUUACGAAAAUUAGAAACGUUGAGAGUCUUAACAGAAAGUGGAGUAGAAUUCCAAAUAGACACAUGUACUGUCGCAAUUUGUAAUAAUCAUCGCACUUUGUAAUACCUGUCGCAAUUUGUAAUAAACCCAUCGCACUUUGUAAUACCUGUCGCAAUUUGUAAUAAACCGUGUCGCACUUUGUAAUAAAAAAGCUGUCGCAAUUUGUAAUAACAGUCCAUCGCACUUUGUAAUAAACUAAGCUGUCACAAUUUGUAAUAAUUCCAUCGCACUUUGUAAUAAUUUUUUGAGAGUGAUUCAACUUACUUCGUCAACAUUAAUAUAAUGCCAAAAUAUACAUGGUACUUCAUAAACAAAGAUGAUGACGUCUGCUACCACGUAACAUAUCCGCAACAUUUACUUUGGUCAAACAUGCAUGUCUUACGCUACAAAUGUUUCUGCCUUGAUUAAUCACGUGACCAACUAGAAACGCUUUUAUGGAAGACAUGAAACUUCCUGUGACAUAUCACCAAAAAGAGAUGAAUCAUGUUUAAAUUCAAAAAUAUUUAAAUAACUGAAGCAACAUUUAACAACAGAAAAUUCAUGAACAACCUGGCAUUCAUAGUCUAAAUCCAUGUUUGCUUGCCAAGUGACAAGUGAAGUCUUCUUGGGGGGGGGAAUAUAAUCCCAUAUAUGGAUGGGCUAGAUAGGUAAGUACCGCCUGAUAGGGUAUGGUUUUUGAGGAUCUCCAGCCUUUAAUAGGGUAUCAUUUUUUACGUUGUUGGCCUUGUGUCUUUGGUUUGAUCCUUAGAUAGGGUAACUCAAGUAGUAAUGGAUGGUUUAUUCCAUCCUUUCCAUUUUGUGGAAAAACAGUAAUCCAGAACACGCUCGGAAGAAUUGCAAGGUCUUACGAGUUGUAUAUACGCAGGGAAGGAUAAUUUUUUACUAUCCCCAUGGUAUUUGCUUUAGAGGACUCCUUGUAGAAAAACAAUUGUUUUAAGAUGGAAUGAGUACGUACUCCUUUUGUUCCUAUAUGGGACCAAAUCAAGUUAGAAUAAUGGGCCAAAUGCCCAGCCGGCUCAGUGUAAGACCUCAAGUGAGUGUUAUAAAAACAGGUACAUACGAAGGUAUUGGCCAGCAACUAAUUGGAUUUUGUGUUUCGACGGUUUGCCACUGAUGACGUUUUUUUAAUUAUUUGCAGUAAACAUUUUGAAUCUUUCCAGGCCUCUUUUGAUUAAUUUGGCCGAAAUAUGGAAGCCACUAUUACUUUUUUAAGAUUGUGCGUUAGACAAGGACGGUGCACCACGUGUUGUUUCGACUUGUUGUAAGAUCUAACAAGGAAAGCUUGAAAUCUCCUGGUGUCCUUAUUCGAAUGACGUAGGAUGGAUGUUACGAUUUGCGGAAAUUAAAUGCUUUUUAAUAAUGGCUCGUUUGUGUCUAGUGCGUCUAGAUUCUGUGCUCUGACAACGCUCUGUCCAGAGGCACAUCCCCGUAUUGGCCAUAUAAGGAAGUACACCCGCCGGGUAACCAUUGAAUGAAAACUACCUAGUACAAUAGCAAGGUUUAAGAAUACAGCAUUUCGUAAGUCAGAUAACUAAUCAACGUUAAUCUAAAAAAAAUGUUUAGGACGGUCAAUAAAGUUAAAUGUUUGAAUGACCGGAGAUGUCACGUGCUAGCUGACGUCAUCAUCUUUGUUUAUGAAGUACCAAACAUAUUUUGGCAUUAUUUUAAUCUUGACGAAGUAAGUUUGAUUACUCUCAAAAAGGUAUUACAGAGUGCGAUGGCAUUAUUACAAAUUGCGACAGGUAUUACAAAGUGCGAUGAUUAUUACAAAUUGCGACAGUACAGACACACCAAUUCUAGUAAAAGAUUUUUUCAUUUUUUCAGUUCUAGAGAAUUUGACAGAGAAGCAUUCCUUUGCAGAUAAUCGCAUGUUAUAAUGAUGUUUUGUAUUGAUUUUCGCAAACUUAUCGAGAAGACUUUUAGGAGCUGUCUUAGCAUGAACUUAGCAUGAGCUGUCUUAGCAUGAACGUUUUAGGAGCUGUCUUAGCAUGAACGUCAUACAUUAAAUAGCUUAACUGUUGAAAGAGCAAAGAUUGCAAAGUAAGGCAGUUUGAUUCAAUAAAAAAAGGGAUUACAUAGUCUCUGGGUUUAGAAACAUAGAUCAAACGCAGAGCACGUUUUUACAGAACAAGUAUCUUGUUGAGGUAGGUCUGUGGACAGUUGCCCCAUGCACAGAUACCAUAGUAUGCAUGGUAUAAAUUCAAAAGAAGACGCCAUGGAAUGUAAUGCCUCAUUUUAGCAAUUAUUUCCAACCGAUGUACUAAUUUUGUGACAGAUAAAGUCAAUAUGAUGCUUCCAUGAUAGUUCAGAAUCAAUCAUUAUACCCAAAUAUUUAAGUCCUUGUCUCUCUUUAUCCUUAAUAUCUUAUCUUUGCUGUCUCUGUAAUCUUGACAUGGACGAACGGUAACCUUUUACUUUGGGUCAACUUCUAGGUAGGAGCGUUACGGGGUUCUGCAGAAUAUCGACUGGGUGUACUUCACAACGCAAAAGUUAAUACAAGUAAGUAUAUAGUCGCUAUGCCGCUGUUAGUGUCCCGGCUAGAAAUUAUUACUGCAAACAGCUAGGGUAUCUUAAAAAAAAAAAUGAACGGACAAUUAACAAAGCAUGAUGAUAAGGUUGAUUUACACAAGUUUGGAAAUGUAUAGCCUGCGUAGCAAGCGUUUCCGCGCUAAUUCGUCGAGAAAGUUGGGAAGAGAGAAAAAAAAAGAAAUGACGGGGGAGGGGGAGGAAAAAGAAGGAAACGCUUGCACGCAAACCCCACGAUUUUGAAAAACUGCGUUAGCCCACGAACGCAGCUUCUGAUUGGCGCGGUGCGGGUAGUGUUGAUUACUUAGCACUCGAAACAUCAAUCAAACCAGGUAUGCUUCGUUUACGAGCGUCACAGAUCUGGUCUCAUCUGAUUUGUGGUCGCAGAUUACAAAUGCUUUGGACUGAUAUUUAUUUGAAUCGUGUUUGUGCAAGGUUUAUGAGUUCAGAGUCUUCAAAGUAUAUUUGGAGAUCGAGGAGUGGAGACUAGGGAAGACCAAUUUAUCGGAAAUGACGGCGUGUGAAUCUGACUGGAAAAAAACUAAUGGACUGUUUGUUUGAGAUAACAUCAACGUAAAUCAGAACAUCAGUACUCAACACUAGCUAAAGCCGCCAUAGACAAGCGAUUUGUUGGCUUCUUAAAAUGAAAAGAUUCUUUUUGUUCAUUGGAAAUCAAGCGGCAUGUAUUGUAGAGAACGCUUCGACACGGGCUGAAGAGCAGCAGCUCUGCAAAACUCAUAGUCGGCGGAGUGAAUAGUUCCGAACAGAUCAUUGUUGACGCGUUUCACGACGAGAUAAAACCACACAAUAAAAAAAAAAAACAAGAAAUUUUGCAGCAACCGCUCAGAGUUUUGACCUUCUUUUAUCGUAAACCUUUUUUAUUACAGUUUUGCAAUCGCCUGGAACGUGUUCUAUUAGAGAACAAAGUAAUUUUACAAGUCUGGCAAUCCAGGGGUAAUCUGUACGUUAUACUUCUCUUUUGACGAGCUGUCAAUUUACAGACGAACCGAACCGUGAAAUAUCAAGGGGCGUUUUUCAGAAUCGUGGGGCUUGCGGGCAAGUGUUUCCUCUUCUCCCCUCCCCCUCUCCCUUCCAGAAAUAUAAAUUUUCUACACUGUUUGAUUUGGAACUAAAGCAAAGUAAGGCCAUUAAACUUCUUUUCUUUCUGAACUUCACUGGCUUCCGGUACGUAAGCAUCAGAAAUCAAAUACCGAUGUUCAUGCGUGAAAACGUACGGCGAUCGAUCUUUUAGUUCUGAGGCACCUAUUAAACUGAAAAAACGGUGAAAUGGCCAUAGAAUGUCCAUAAAUCGCAUUAUGUUGCUACCCGCUCAUCCGAACAUUCCUUCAUCAGAUCUGUUUUUCUAAAAAAAAUAUCUGCUGGUAAAAUUUUUACUUUUCUGUUCUUUUUGGUGAAGGUGUUUUAAAGCGGCAAGAAGUUUAAGAGCACCGUACCUACACUGUAUAAGCGCUCGAUAGCUAUGAAUUGAUAUGAUUAGUUGAUAAAAUUAUGACGAUUAUUACUUAAUAUCAGAAAUGCAUAAUUAUUAUUCUAAAUGUUAUACGACAAUUGCAAUAGUUUUUUUGUUAUCUGUCGUGCCAUGAAAUACUUAUGCGUUACUUAUGGGGUUUACUAUUGGCCUGCAGAACACCAGUAUAGCAAUCUGGAUGAUAUUCGAAUGGCAUUGGAAGAUGGAGAAAUCCAAGGAGCCUUGAUUGAUACUUACGUCAUCGCUGAGCAUAAAGAAUCUCUUCUAAGUGACAGAAUUUUUGUCAAAAAAAUACUCGAUCGGCCAUUUGGUUAUGGGGUGGUGUUGUCAGGAGCUGCAAGGAAUGUAGAACUGAGAUGCAGGGAUUACAUCCACAUGAAAAUCACAGAUAUAUUUCAAAUUAUUCAGAAUACCACCAAGACAUUAGAUGUGAGUUAUUUUAGUAGUGAUUGA